AUGGUGAGAGAGCAGAAGAAGGAAGGAGUAAGAUUGAGCUCCAACCAGAGCCAUGGGGAGUACCCAGACUGCCGCAGUGAGAGGGAGUCGGGAGGGGAGGCGUCUCUCCUGGUGUCUCCGCUGGUGGUGGCGGGGAUCGUUAUAGGUCUGGUCCUCUUCCUCUCCUGCAUCACCAUCAUCGUCGGCAGCCUGCGCAAAGACAGUCGACUCCGCAACCCUCACCUGCGAGCUAGCUACGGACCAGAUGGUUUCUCUUAUGGAGGUUCAGUGGGAGAACUGAGGUCGACCUGCUUGGAAGACUUUCCUCCUGGUUUGGACUUUGACUCGUACAGAGAGACGCUGUCGCAGGUCAACAUUUACCCGGACUCACCUCCACGCUACGACGAGUGCGUUGGCCCAGGUGUGACUCACAUCUACCUCCCCACAGAUGACCCUCCUCCUUACUCCCUGUUCGACCCCUGCCAGCGAGGGCCGGGGCAGGAGGAGCAGGAGGAGCAGGAGGAGCAGGAGGAGCAGGAGGAGCAGCCCGGCCGCACCAGCCCGGAUCCCUCCUCACACUGGGGAGAGACCUCAGCCAGCGCCGGCUGGUUCUCCCCCUCCCACUACCCGCUGGGACUGCAGGAGCAUCAACACGUCGCAUCCAUCUCCUUCCCCCCCGAGGCAGCGCCGCCUUAUGAGGCCGAGCAGGGACGCCCCCCCCUCCCUCUCAUGCCAUGUGACCUUUAUAAACACCAGUCACACCGGGGGGACGAUGGCACCUCCCAGCAACCGGAGGCGAGCCACAUCUUGUAG